UUCUUGCUUUCAAUACGUAAAAGAAUUGGUUUUUCUCAACUAUCACUUGGCUACAACACUUGUUUGCGAGAUUUUUUCUUUUUUGGUGGUGGUGGUCAACGCUCUAUCGACCCGGACAGCCAGGCAAUAUUUUUGGACUGCUUGCCAGAACUCGUGGAAUUCACUCUUUCAAAUGUCAAUAUGUCGCCAUCUCAGUACUCGCUCAACCCACUGACCAAUGAGCUUAGCUACCGUGCCCUACCUGGCGUACGAGAAUACGUAGUGCACAGCGAUGCACAAAUAUGGUCAAUCACCAGCAUCGCCUUCUUAACACUGUGCGCCAUCUUCUCCUAUGUUAUGCGAGAUAUCGUCUACAUGCGAUGGGUGAUAGGUUGCGCCCUGGCUGCAUGGGUAUGGAUCAAAUUUAACACCGUGAAAGAAGAAAGCAUCUUGGCGGUUCGGAAUGUGGGAGUGCAGGUCAAAACAACGUACCUGAGUGGGCGCUCGGUGUCCCAAUUCAUAGAACGGUCGCGGGUAUGUGACAUUAUCAUUCACGAAGCUAUCACCAUGUGGCAAGUCAAGUUCUACAUGGCCAUUAUUACCGCCAAGCAGGAUAAGAUGACAGUUGUGUUUGAGCACCUUCUACCGCCAUUAAACCCAACCUUAAUAACCGUCUAUCAUGGAGCAAGGUCCAUGAUUUUCUCCGAUACCAACCCAUAGAGCCCAACAUCACCAUACCUCGAGA